CGAUAAGCCUGAAGGCUCUACUCCAGUCGAACGUUUCUGCGUGACGUCAUCACGAGCUCCAUUUACGGUGUUUUUCACUUCGUACGAUCCGAGUUGCAACGCUUCGAUUCUAGACAUUAAACCCCCCCAUCUAGUGCAAAAUGAAUGUGGAUCAUGAAGUCACACUCCUUGUGAAUGAGAUUCGUAGACUUGGCAGCAAAAAUGCUGACGGUAAAUUCAGUGUUAAAUUUGGUGUCCUGUUCAAUGAUGACAAGUGUGCCAACCUCUUCGAGGCACUUGUUGGAACACUGAAAGCAGCUAAGCGAAAGAAGAUCAUUACAUUUCAGGGCGAGCUCUUGCUACAAGGAGUUCAUGAUAAUGUUGAUGUUAUAUUACUGCAGGAUUGACCAGACCAACUGCCCUGUAUCUUACUUUUAUAAAUACGGUUUUCCUGAGGGGAAUUAAUUAUUUUUGACCAAACAUCUUGGAUUCUUUUUUUUUUUCCUUCCUUUAUUUCUUUUUUUCAAAUGAGCAAUGCCACUGUCUUGUCACUAGUUAGGAUUUUUCAAAUAGUUAUGACUGUGAUAACUGUUUAGAUAUGUGAGUACAAAAUAAAAUGUAUAUUGCUUUUUUUUUUUUUACAUUUCAGUUUUAUAUUGAGUUUUGUUAAAAUGGUUAAGCCUUUUGAGGAACUUGAAAUCAAUAUAAAUUAUUUUCUGAUAUAGUUUUGUAAUGGGUAGUUUCAAUAGACAUAGCCAAGGACUCCCCAGUGCAAUACUAUUACUGAUAAACUGGCUGUAAGAUUUAUUUGUGCCAAAUGUAGAUCAUUUGUGUUUUGUAUGUAAUCUAGACAAUUAUUUCAAAAUUUACUAUUUGAAAUCGCUUUUUCCACAAAGAAACUUUACCCCCAGAUACUGAAGUGAUUUAUGACAAUAUGACAGCACAACUUUUGUAAUGUAUAUACUACUAUAGUAAUAUAUAUUAUACUACUAUUAUAAUAUAUAUUACUAUAUUGAUGAAAUCACAAGUAUCUCAGGAAUAACACAUUAUUUUGGUGCUGGUUUGAUUCAAAAUAAACCAUUCC